AUGCCUCUUUGGCAGAUUUUCCACCCAACCGGCACCUACGAGGAUCCAGCAUCCAAGCUGGCCUUUUCCGAAGACAUUACGAAAAUGUACACGGCCGUCGGCCUCCCAGCAUUCUACGUCGUCGUUCAAUUCAUCCCGCUUCCCAAGAGCGAUGUCUUGGUCGGAGGAAAAGUAAUGGCCGACAAGCCUUUUGUCCGCGUCGUCAUUACACAAAUCGCUAUUCGGCUCCCUAAUGAGGAUGCGAGCUACAAUAGAGUCACGGCGACCAUUGACAAGAUCUUGGGCCCUCAUGUUGCUGAAAAGGGGUAUGAUUGGGAAUAUCAUGUGGAUGAAACAGAGAGGAGAUUGUGGAAGAUCAAUGGGAUGAUUCCCCCGCCGUGGAAGAGUGAAGAAGAGAAGCUGUGGGUUGAGGAGAAUAAGGCUGUUCCGUAUGAAGGUGCAUAUUGA